AUGGUUGAAGUCGCCAUUGGAGUGAGAAGGAGAAAUCUAGCGAGUUCAAGAAAAACAAUGGACCAAGAUGAAGCUAAAAGCAACGAGAAUCACUCUUCCUCUUCGCGGGACUCCAAUCCAUGCCCCAUCUGCCUCGGUCCCUUCCUUCAAGAAUCCUAUCUUGAUUCCUGUUUCCAUAAAUUUUGUUACAGUUGCAUUUUGAAUUGGACUAAAGUAGUUGCUGGCAAGCAUUCUCAUGCACCUUCUUCUGUAAAAUGUCCUUUGUGCAAGACAGAAAACCUUUCAAUAAUUUAUGGAUACGAUGGAAGUUCAUUCCAAAGGCAGUAUAUAAAUGAUAGUUUUGAGCUUAGUUCUUUCUUUUCAAAAGCUCACAAGUAUAGAUUAAAAUGCUAUUAUACUGAACCAGGUAUCUUGAGCAAUAUAGUUAACAUAUUGCGAUAUUGGAAGUCCCGUAAGUAUCUUCAACCAAAUCGGUGGCUGCAAAGUUGGUUGAGAAGAGAAAUUCAGGCUCUUUUGCAGGAAGAGGAUGUUGAAAUUAUUGUACACCAUAUACUUGGUGUGGUUGAUUCAUUCUUGAGAAGGGGUGAUCAAUCUCAUCAAAUGAGAACACCUGAAACAAAACAAGGAGAGUUCAAGAAUCUAGUCUCUGAUGCAGCAAGGCCUUUUCUAGCAGCAAGAACAGAACGAUUCGUGAAUGAGUUGGAAUUGUUUCUUGCUUCAGGUUUAAACAUUGAAGCCUAA